AUGGAAGCAACAUCGAAGGUACCGCAGGUGGUCAUGAUGGUCACCAGCCUUGUGGUCGGGGUGACCAUGGUGAUAGGCAUCAACGCUAUCAACAGUGCCCCGAGCUUCAUGCUCGAGUACUACAAAUACCUUGCUGGGAGCAGUGCUGCAGUGCCGCGCUCACCUGUGUUUUGGAAGAACAUUCUGAGCUUCUACACGAUGGUCACCAUAGUGGUGCAGGCGAUUCAUGAGCCGACAAACUUGACUUCCUUUAUGUGCCGCUUCUCGCUGCUCUUUCGCCUUGAGGUGAGUUGCGUGAUUAUGAUUAUAGAGCUUCUCGUCAUCCUCAUCAUGCCUCACACGCACGUGUCCGAGAAGAAUGCAAUAGCGGCAAUGAUGAUCGUAGCAUACCUCGGCGGAGCUGCUCGUGCCUAUUUCGAGAACACCGGGUACGCCCUCUUCGGUCCCUGCCCUCCGAUUAUCCUGACUGGCAUGCUGAUCGGUUCGGCAGUUUGCGGGGUGCUGGUGUCUUUACUGCAGAUAAUCUUGAAAGCAAGCAUGACUGACAGCUACAGCGCCGUCUUGUCGCAGUCCCUCAUCUACUUCUGCCUGGCGAUAGGCAUCAUCCUCGUUUCCGGACUGCUCCUCGCGGCUCUGCUGUGCAACCCAUAUGCGCGGCUCUACGUUGCUGAGUUCCGCUCCAGCCGCGGUCCGUGGGCGAACAUCUACCGCCGGCGCAGGAGUGUGGAGAGGGUGACCGAUGGGGGUGCGUGUGGCGAAAACAGUGCCACCGACUCAAAGGACAUCGCUGCCGGCUGCUGUGUGGCCGACUUUGAAUCUGAGGAGAACGCAGAGGUGCUGCGGAUGAGCAACGACGAUGUGGCAGUGAGCGGCGACCGGGCGCACCACCACCCCAACGCCCUCUCUGACGACCGCGCCUUCACCACCAGGGAGGACUUUGAGGCGGAGCCAACGAGGGCAUUGACUCCUGUGCCCCAGAGCCACGAUGGCGCUGCGGUGACUGCCACACAAACGGAGGCAGACAACUGUGCGCAUCCAGAGGAGUCCCCCGACGAGGUCAAGGGUGAGGUUGAGGCACCGACAAAGGAUUACCUCGACAAGAGCAGCACGGACUUCCUUGCUGCCGAGGAUGGCGUAUUGACGACGGCAGAGCUGCUGCAGGAGGUGAGGCUGUGGCCGGUCGUCAAGAAGAUCUACCCGAUGAUGAUUGCGUGUUUCCUGACCUUCUGUGUCACGUAUCUUGUGUUCCCCGGUAUCAUUCUCGCUGUGGAUAGUGCUGACGGCUGGUUCACGACACUCAUCAUCGCGGCACACAACUUUGCUGACCUUAUCGGUCGUUUGCUGACUCUGUGGAGGCGCCUGUGGCCACCGAGGAAGGCGAUCUUGAUUGGCUCGAUUGCCCGUAUCAUCUUCAUUCCUCUGCUGCUGCUGUGCGCGACGCACAAGAUCCCGUCGAAGGCGCCGGCGUACGUGUUCACGAUUAUCAUGGGUGCGUCGAACGGCUUCCUUGGGGCGCUUUCGAUGAUUUACAGCCCUGCGACGCCGAGCCUCACCACCGAUGGUGAGAGGGCCAUGGCCGGCCAGUUGACAGGCACGUGUCUCCUGAUUGGCUGUGCAGUCGGCUCGCUCAUUCAGCUGGCUGAGGUACUUCCAUUCAGUUGA